UCUAGAUUUCACUUGUUUCUUUUUCAAGCAAAUUUCAAUUUUUCAUGACUUGGCUUUGAUUUCCAUCGAACGCCGAGAUUCUCACAGAUCUGAAGAAUCCAAAGAAAAUCAGCUCUCGAUGUCAGCUUCCCAAACACUCGGCGGCCCGUCGCGGUGCGGCCGCGUGCUUGGCCCGUCAUUCGACAAGAUCAUCAAACACGCCGCUUGGCGUAAGCACUCUAACCUCGUUUCCUCUUGCAAAUCUGCCCUCGACAAGCUCGAAACCCUCUCCGACGCCGGCGUACCGGAUCCAGCUUCUCCUUUGCUCGGCCUUUCCUCUUACGACGCCGAUUUCGUCCUCAACCCCAUCCUACUCGCCCUCGACUCUAAUUACGCCAAAGUCGCCGAUCCCGCCCUCGAAUGCGUCUCCAAAUUAUUCUCCGCCGGCGUCGUUCGUGGAGAGAUCGAAGGCAACAACACCGAUUCGAUACUCUACAAAAUUAUCGAGAGUGUUUGUAAAGUCGGCGGCAUUGGCGAGGAAUCGGUCGAGCUACCUUUGCUACGAGCUUUGCUAGCCGCUGUUAGAUGCCCCAGCGUUUUGAUCCGUGGCGAUUGCUUGCUUCAGGUAGUGAGAACUUGUUUCAAUGUGUAUUUAGGUGGUUUAAAUGGAACUAAUCAGAUCUGCGCUAAGUCUGUUUUAGCUCAGAUUAUGCUCAUUCUGUUCGCCCGUGCUGAAGAGGAUUCCAUGGAUGUUACUAUCAGAACCGUGUCAGUUAGUGAGCUUUUAGAGUUUACUGAUAAGAACUUAAAUGAAGGGAGUUCAAUCUAUUUUUGUCAGAAUUUCGUUAGUGAGGUUAUUAGUGCUAGUGAAGGAGUUCCGGAUUUGAAGUUUUCACAACCGGUUGCGGUGUCGCAAAAUGGCGAGUCUAAGGGGGAGGAGGAGGAAAUCAGGGAGGAAGAGGCGAAGAACGGUGUGGAAUUGGGUGCUGGUGGGGUUAGUAGUAAAAUUAGGGAGGAUGCAUUUAUUGUUUUUAAGAAUUUGUGCAAGUUCUCAAUGAAGUUUUCAUCCCAGGAGAAUCCUGAUGAUCAUAUCCUUUUGAGAGGGAAGAUAUUAUCUUUGGAACUCCUCAAGGUUAUUAUGGAUAAUGGGAGUUCAAUUUGGCGCUCAAAUGAGAGGUUUCUUAAUGCAGUUAAGCACUUUCUCUGCUUAUCAUUGUUAAAAAACAGUGCACUGUCAGUGAUGUCUAUCUUUGAGCUCCAAUGUUCUAUUUUUAUGAGCUUGUUAACAAAGUACAGGUCAGGACUAAAAGCUGAAAUUGGAAUAUUCUUUCCCAUGCUAAUCCUCCGAGUUCUAGAGAAUGUUCUCCAGCCAAGUUUUGUACAAAAAAUGACCGUGCUUAAUAUGUUGGAAAAGAUUGGUGGGGAUUCACAGAUUAUCAUUGAUAUAUUUGUGAACUAUGAUUGUGAUGUGGAUUCACCUAACAUAUUUGAAAGGAUUGUCAAUGGCCUUCUGAAAACUGCGCAAGGGCCACCACCGGGUUCAACCACAACUUUGUCUGCAGUCCAGGAUAUUACCUUCCGGCAUGAAUCAGUGAAAUGCUUAGUUGGCAUCAUUAAGUCAAUGGGAGCUUGGAUGGACCAACAGCUGAAGAUAGGUGACUCUGACUUGCCUAAGGGCUUUGAGAGUGACACUUCAGCAGAGAGCCAUAUAGCCCCACCUGCAGAAGAUGGAUCAGUCCCUGAUUCUGAGUUACAUCCAGACAUAAAUUCUGAAUUGUCAGAUGCUGCUACUCUUGAGCAACGCCGGGCUUACAAGAUUGAACUCCAGAAAGGUGUCCAAUUGUUUAAUAAGAAGCCAUCCAAAGGCAUUGAGUUUCUUAUAAGAACUCAAAAGGUUGGUGACUCUCCAGAGGAAGUGGCUGCUUUUCUUAAGAAAAACACCACUGGACUGAGUGAAACCAUGAUCGGUGAUUAUUUGGGUGAAAGGGAGGAAUUUGCUUUGAGAGUCAUGCAUGCUUAUGUUGACUCCUUCAAUUUCAAAUCUAUGGAUUUUGGUGAAGCGAUAAGGUUCUUCUUAAGCGGCUUCAGGUUACCAGGAGAGGCACAGAAAAUUGACCGCAUCAUGGAAAAGUUUGCUGAGCGCUAUUGUAAAUGCAAUCCAAACUCAUUUACUAGUGCAGAUACUGCUUAUGUCCUGGCAUAUUCUGUCAUAAUGCUCAACACUGAUGCCCAUAAUAACAUGGUCAAAGAUAAGAUGACCAAGUCUGAUUUCAUCCGAAACAACCGAGGAAUAGACGAUGGCAAGGAUUUACCUGAGGAGUAUCUUGGUGCUCUUUAUGAUCACAUUGUGAAAAAUGAAAUCAAGAUGAAUGCUGAUUCUUCUGUUCCUCAAAGCAAGCAGGCAAACAGCUUGAAUAAGUUAUUGGGUUUAGAUGGUAUACUCAAUCUGGUCAGCUGGAAGCAGACAGAAGAAAAGCCUUUGGGUGCAAAUGAGCUUCUCAUAAGACAUAUCCAAGAGCAGUUUAAGGCUAAGUCGGGAAAAUCAGAGUCCGUUUAUUAUGCUGUUUCAGAUGUAGCAAUCUUGAGGUUUAUGGUGGAGGUCUGCUGGGGACCCAUGCUGGCUGCAUUUAGUGUCACACUUGACCAGAGUGAUGAUAGACUUACUACCACUCAGUGUAUACUGGGCUUUCGCUAUGCUGUGCAUGUAACUGCAGUUAUGGGCAUGCAGAUACAAAGAGAUGCUUUUGUCACAUCUGUGGCGAAGUUUACUUUUCUCCAUUGUGCUGCAGAUAUGAAACAAAAGAAUGUUGAUGCUGUAAAGGCAAUAAUAUCUAUAGCCAUUGAAGACGGUAACAAUCUUCAGGAAGCCUGGGAGCAUAUAUUGACAUGCCUGUCCAGAAUUGAGCAUUUGCAACUAUUGGGAGAAGGUGCAGCGACUGAUGCAUCCUUUUUAUCUGUGUCCAACACUGAAACAGAUGACAAGCUGGAAAAAUCUGUCGGUCUUCAAUAUCUGAUGAAAAAAGGAACUCUCCAGAAUCCAGCUGUAAUGGCAGUCGUCCGAGGGGGCUCAUAUGAUAGCACCACUGUCAGAGUCAAUAGUUCAGGACUGGUAACUUCAGAGCAGAUUAACCAAUUCAUUGCAAACUUGAAUUUAUUGGACCAGAUAGGAAAUUUUGAGUUGAACCAUGUUUUUGCACAUAGCCAAAGGUUAAACAGUGAAGCAAUCGUGGCAUUUGUGAAAGCCCUUUGCAAAGUUUCUAUGUCAGAGUUGCAGUGUCCAACAGACCCUCGUGUUUUUAGCCUCAUAAAACUAGUUGAAAUUGCGCAUUACAAUAUGAACCGCAUCAGAUUAGUCUGGUCUCGAAUGUGGAAUGUUCUCUCUGAUUUCUUUGUUUCGGUUGGAUUGUCCGAGAACUUAUCUGUAUCAAUUUUUGUGAUGGAUUCAUUGCGGCAGCUUGCUAUGAAAUUCUUAGAGCGCGAGGAGCUGGCAAAUUAUAAUUUUCAGAAUGAAUUCCUGAGGCCAUUUGUGAUUAUUAUGCAGAAUAGCAAUUCUGCAGAAAUAAGGGAAUUAAUAGUUCGAUGUAUUUCUCAGAUGGUCCUCAGCCGUGUCACUAAUGUGAAAUCUGGAUGGAAAAGUGUUUUUAUGGUGUUCACAACUGCUGCUGCUGAUGAGCGGAAGAAUAUCGUCUUGUUGGCUUUUGAGACGAUGGAAAAAAUAGUGCGAGAAUACUUUCCUCAUAUAACCGAGACAGAUGCGACCACUUUUACUGAUUGUGUAAGAUGCCUCAUCAAAUUCACAAAUAGCAAGUUUAACAAUGAUGCUAGCCUCAAUGCUAUUGCAUUUCUCCGGUUUUGUGCCCUCAAGCUUGCUGAGGGUGGAUUUGUAUGUGCUGAUAAGAGCUCGGAAAAUGGUUCAUCUGUUUCAGUUAUAAAUAAGGAUGGUUCAGAUGUACAAAGUUCGGCUUAUAUUGAUGAUCACGGAUCAUAUUGGCUUCCUUUGCUAACAGGUUUAUCGAAACUAACAUCGGACUCGAGAUUAGAUAUCCGAAAGAGUUCAGUGGAAGUGCUUUUCAACAUCUUGAAGGAUCACGGUCAUCUUUUCUCACGAGCUUUCUGGGUUGGAGUUUUUAGUUCUGUUGUUCUCCCCAUAUUUAAUGGUGUACAUGGAAAGAGAGACGCCCAUAAAGACGAGCAGGAUUCACCAACUUUAAGAUCCUCCCAUCAUGAUGGAAGUACGUGGGACACGGAAACUUCCACCGUCGCAGCUCAGUGUUUAGUUGAUCUGUACCUUAGAUUUUACAGUGUAUUGAGGCCCCAGCUAUCAGAUGUGCUAUCAGUAUUGACUGGAUAUUUGAGAGGCUCAAUACAGGGUCCUGCAAGCACCGGAGUUGCAGCAAUCUCCCGUUUGACAGGAGAGUUGGCAAGCAGACUCUUGGAAGAGGAAUGGCGAGAAAUCUUUAUCGCUAUAAAAGAAGCUGCUGUAUCGAUGUAUCCAGGGUUUAUGAAGCUUAUGAGAAAAUUGGAUGACAUCGAGGUGCCUGACAAUUCUCAAUCCCGUACUAGUACCGACACAAGUUCUGAUCACGGCUUCUCCAACGAUGAUCUCGGGGAUGCCAGUAUGCACACUGUAGCUUAUGUGGUUUCAAAUAUGAAGAAUCAUAUCGCCAUCCAGCUGCUCAUUAUGCAGGUUAUAAUCGACAUGUACAAGACGAAUCUACAACUCUUGUCAGCUGCCAACAUCAACAUCAUUGUCGAGACGGUGUCUUCCAUUGCGUCACAUGCUCAGCAACUGAACUCCGAGAGUACUCUUCGAAAGAAAAUACGGAAAGCAUGUUUGGUUUUAGAGCUUUCCGAUCCCCCUUUGGUUCACUUCGAGAACGAGGCUUAUAAAAAAUACCUCGACUUCCUCCAAGAUAUUAUAAAAAACAAUCCAUCAUUCGCCGAGAAGACAAACCUAGAAUCACAACUCGUGGCAGUGUGUGAGAAAAUAUUGCAGAUAUACCUCAACUGUACCGACAACCAGUAUGUGAUGCAGGAAUCGAUUGAGAAACCGAUGUUACGUUGGGUGCUUCCGUUGGGUUCGGCCAAAAGGGAAGAACUGGCGGCAAGAACAUCUUUACUUGUCUCGUCAUUGAAGGUAUUGAGUGGUUUGGAGAAGGAUUCCUUCAGAAAGUAUUUUCCGAAUUUCUUUCAUCCGUUGGUGGCUCUGAUCCGGUGCGAGCAUAGCUCCGGCGAAGUUCAAGGUGUUUUACGGAACUUAUUCGAGUCAUAUAUAGGUCCAAUGAUAAUGCAGUAACACACACACAUAUUUUAUCUUUUGUACCAUAUUCUGGUUUUAGAUUCUGUGUUAGUUUUUAUUUUAUUUUUUAUCAUAAGAAGAGCGUAUAAGCUAAA